GCGCAGUCUCCUUUUAGCACUGAGUGCGCAUGCUCAGUUCUCUGCUAAGGAAGAUAGAGGAAAAUGUCUCUAACGAGCUUUUUACCGGCGCCGACCCAGUUGUCCCAGGACCAGCUGGAGGCAGAGGAGCGCCUCCGAGCCCAAAAGUCCUACUCCACCGCCCUGGUUGCUUCCCGCAGAGAUCCCCCUCCUUAUGGACACAGAAAAGGCUGGGUACCCCGCUCCCUUGAGGACUUUGGAGAUGGAGGAGCUUUCCCAGAGAUCCAUGUGGCCCAGUUUCCUCUGGAGAUGGGUCGGAAGAAGAAGACAUCGAAUGCCCUGGCUGUACAGGUGGACGCAGAAGGAAAGAUCAAAUAUGACGCCAUAGCCAGACAAGGACAGAGCAAGGAUAAGGUGAUCUUCAGUAAGUACACAGACCUUCUUCCAAAGGAAGUUUUGAAUGAGGAUGCUGCUGAACUUCAGAGGCCUGAUGAGGAUGCUAUCCAAGAGCUCACAGAGAAGACUCGGGCUGCUUUGGACAAACAGGUUUCUCAAAAGAUUGCAGCUGCUAUGCCCGUAAGAGCUGCAGACAAACAAGCUCCAGCACAAUAUAUCAGAUAUACACCGUCCCAGCAGGGAGUGGCAUUUAACUCAGGGGCCAAACAGAGGGUGAUUCGGAUGGUGGAAAUGCAGAAGGAUCCAAUGGAGCCACCCCGUUUCAAGAUCAAUAAGAAGAUUCCUCGGGGACCUCCUUCUCCCCCCGCCCCAGUCAUGCAUUCCCCAAGUAGAAAGAUGACGGUCAAGGAGCAGCAGGAGUGGAAGAUUCCUCCUUGCAUCUCUAACUGGAAGAACGCAAAGGGUUACACCAUUCCUCUUGAUAAACGUCUGGCUGCUGACGGCAGAGGGCUGCAAACAGUUCACAUUAAUGAAAACUUUGCCAAGCUGGCUGAGGCGCUCUACAUCGCUGAUAGAAAGGCCAGAGAGGCAGUGGAAAUGAGAGCUCAGGUCGAGAAGAAGAUGGCACAGAAGGAGAAGGAAAAGAGGGAGGAGAAACUGAGGGAUCUGGCCCAGAUGGCUCGAGACCGCAGGGCAGGAAUCAGAAGUCACGAAGACAAAGCAGCAGGUGGCGAGGACGCAGCGGUCAGAGAGCGUGACGAGAUCCGCCAUGACAGAAGGAAAGAGAGACAGCACGACAGGAACAUUUCCAGGGCUGCUCCUGAUAAGAGGUCCAAGCUGCAGAGAGAUCAAGACAGAGACAUCAGUGAGCUCAUCGCUCUGGGCAUGCCCAACCCGCGGUCAGCCAGUGAAGCCCAAUAUGACCAGAGACUCUUCAAUCAGAGCAAGGGAAUGGAUAGUGGUUUUGCAGGCGGUGAAGAUGACACAUACAACGUGUAUGACCAGCCCUUCCGCAGUGGUAGAGACAUGGCUUCAAACAUCUACAGACCCAGCAAAAACAUUGAUAAGGAUGCCUACGCAGAUGACUUUGACACGCUCAUGCAAAACAACAGGUUUGUGCCAGACAAAGAGUUCUCAGGUACUGAUCAUGCUCAGAGACGAGAAGGCCCUGUGCAGUUUGAGGAGGAUCCCUUCGGUCUGGACAAGUUCUUGGAGGAGGCCAAGCAGCACGGUGGCUCCAAAAGACCCUCAACCAGCAGCCGCUCAAAGGACGACUACCACGACAAGAAACGCAGGAAGGAGUGAGAGGGGCAUGGCACCCUGCAAUGGAGGCCCCCAAAUCUCUAUCAGGAAUCAUCAGUCAGAUUUUUGUUUCAGUAAAAGACUGUGAAAGAGGCUCAUGAUUUCCCUUAUUUUUCACAUCUGAUGUUUUUUCUACCUUAUUUUAAUUUCAUUCAGUGUCAUGUUAAAUGACAUGAGUGAACACUUUAAAUAUAACACAGGGGAAGCAUAACUAAUGCUGCAAUGUGUAAGGUCAGCCUCUGCGUCUGAAAGAGUCAUUGUACAAGUUAGGUGUGGAGAGUAGUAUGUGAUAAUGUUAUGACCAUUAAAACCUGUAGAUUUUAGUUAUUGUACCUUUAUUUUUAUUUUCUACAUGUAUUAAACCCAGCAGGAGCUGUUCACAUGAUUCCUCUUCAUCUUUUUAGAUGUUUUAUUUAAGCCUGAGGUGUAUUUGUGAGCAUAGUUAAAACCUGUAUGUGAUGGAAGAUAUGUACAGCAGUAAAACUUAUCUGAAAGAUGUAAAGCAAACCAGCUUUAUAAUUCUUGUACAUUACUACCACUGGAAUAAAUUUCAUAUAGUGUGUAA